CACUAAAGCACUGAGGUGGGAAACAGCUGUUGUGUGGGAUCACGAGUCAGGAGCUCCGGAUCAUUAUAAACACACUCUCUUCAUCUUUUGGAGGGUAAUUCAGGAAAGAAGCGAUGGCCCGUACACUUAACAGCAAAGAGUAUCUGUCAGUCAAGGACCUGGAGAAAGUUCUGGACUCGUGUAAAUUAAACUUGCACCAGAUCGAUGAGGUCUGGCCAAACCUGUACAUCGGGGACGUAGGAAUAGCACAGAACCGAGGCGCCCUGCAGAAACUGGGCAUCACUCACAUUCUGAACGCCGCUCACAGCAAGAGAGGAAGCAUCGGGGACCAGAACUACUACGGCACUAGUUUAGUGUACUGCGGGAUCCCCGCUGAAGACUCCACACACUUCGAUCUGGACGUUUACUUCAAACCAGCAGCAGAUUUCAUUCAUAAAGCCCUCCACACUCCUGACGGAAAAGUUCUGGUGCACUGCAUCAUGGGAAUGAGCCGCUCCUCGUCGCUGGUGCUGGCGUAUCUGAUGCUGUAUCACAACAUGCCUCUGCACGCGGCCAUACGGCGCACCAUCCAGAGACGAGCCAUCUAUCCCAACAGGAACUUCCUGGCUCUGCUGCUGGACCUGGAUCUGCAGAGGAAGAGGAAACACAGACGGUGUGUUCUCCUCUGAGAAAAACAUGACGAACGAUCACGACACGCCACGAGAGAUGUGUCUCUCCAAGCGACAUCAUCAAUGCAUGCUUACAGGAAUGUGGAGCUGGACCAAUGAGAUUUGAUUGUGGGCGGAGCUUAUGCAAUAGUAAACUUGAUUUUCUUGUCUUAAUUAAAAUUUGCUGAAUAUGUCCUAGGAUGAGUUUGUUUCUUCAUCAGGUUUGGAGAAAUGCAGCACUGCAUCAGUGUCUCAUCAACGGAUGCUCUGCAGUGAAUGGGUGCCGUCAGAAU